AUGGACGAACUGGAAAAACUCUUAAAUGACCUUGCUUCUACGUCCAUGAAUGAUUCAGCUCCACAGAUUACUGGAUUAUCAUAUCGAUCGAUGCCGAAGAUUGAAUUGCCUAAAUUUUCUGGAAGUUACACGGAGUGGGAAAAUUUCAAAGAUUUGUUCACAUCUUUGGUUCAUUCAAAUCCUGGAGUCUCGUCAGUGGAGAAGCUUUAUCACUUAAAAUCCAGUCUUAUAGGUGAAGCCGCUCAACUUCUUCAUCGAAUUCCGAUCACUCAAGGCAAUUAUCAGCGUUGCCGGGACCUACUUUCGGAGCGCUUUGAGAAUAAAAGAGUUCUUAUCAACUCUCAUUUGGCUGAGCUUUUUUCAAUCCAGCCAAUGAAAGCUGAGUCUUCGAGUGCUCUGAAGGAGGUAUAUAAUGCAACGAUUUAUAACGCCGAAGCUUUAUCUGCCUUGGAAGAACCGGUGGACAAAUGGUCAUCAUGGCUGGUAUAUCAACAAUCUUCCAAAUCUCAGUUUCAGAAGAAAAGGUUUGGAAAGUUCACGAAAUCCUCGAGUGCUACAACAGCCAACGUCAACGCAAUUUCAGAGCAGCCAAUGAAGGAACAAGCAGCUAAAGAGCAGCUUACGAAGAAGCCACAGGAAAGGAAGUGCUUUUUCUGCCGCGAACCGCAUUAUUUAAUGUCGGGUCCGCAGUUUGAAAGGUCUCAUUUAUUUCAGAAUUGUGCUUCAAAGAACUUGUGUCAGAUUUGUCAGGCGAAGCAUCAAACAGUACUUCAUGACCCAUCUUCAAGCACAGGACAAUCUUCUUCGAUGAUAUCAAAUACAUCUUUAACGCCUCAUCAAGCACAAUCUACUCAUGCGGUUUCGGUAAUGCAGAUUUCUCAGAAGAAGUCACCGUUGGUUCUCCUGACAACAGCAAUGGGCAAUGUGACUACAUUAUCUGGUCAUACAAAGUGUGUUCGAGUACUUAUCGAUCAAGGCUCAGAGGUGUCCAUAAUCUUUGAGUCCUUUGCUCAAAGUCUCCAACUCCCUCGUACCAGAGGACCUGUUGUUCUCCUAGGAGUGGGGGAAAGUAAGUCGGGAAAGUCUCGUGGAUCAGUCAACGUCGUUGUCUCACCAAGUUUUGAUUCGGGCUUUAAACUUCAACUCCGGGCUCUUGUUCUUCCAAAGUUGAUUUCUAAACGCCCAGAGCAUCAAAUUAGUCUUGAGGAAUGGCCUCAUCUCACUGGUCUACAAUUAGCGGAUCCGAAGUUGAGUGGUCCCCCGGGCACUCCUGUAGCUCAAAAUUCCGUAUUCGGGUGGAUUCUCUGUGGACCUACAGGCAAUACCUCACCGUUGGAUUCAUCUACAGUGAAUAUGUUUCAUUGUUCCAAGAGUGAAGAACUUUUUUUUGACCUUCAAAAAGUUUGGGAGGAUUCGGAAGUUGUGCCUCCUAAACCUUUCCGGACAGCUGAGAAAGAAACGUGUGAAAAACUUUUCCAAAAGACUCACUCUAGGACUAAAGAUGGGAGAUACGUCGUGCAUCAGCUCAUCAAGAGUGAUGUCACAUCGUUAGGAUAUUCCUAUUCUGCAGCUCCUCGCAUGUUACUUCAUAUGGAGCAGCGGUUCAAACGAGAUGUUCAUCUCCAAGAAGCGUAUGCCAAAUUCAUGGAAGAAUAUCAACUUCAGCAUAUGAAAUCCAUCAACAUCCCUGCAGAUCCAAGGAGUAUCUCGCGGUCAUUUUUUCUUCCGCAUCAUGGAGUUUGGCGUGAAUUUAGUUCAACAACGAAACUACGAAUUAUUGUUCACCAAGAUGAUCAGGAUCUCCAACUUAUUCUGUGGCGAGAAAGUCAAAAUGAGCCUGUCCAAGUAUUUAGACUCAGUACUCUCACAUAUGGUCUGACUUGUGCCCCAUUUCUAGCUCUUCGCACCGUUCAGCAGCUUGGUCUUGAUGAAGGGGAUCGAUUUCCCUUGACUGCUGAAGUGAUAAAAAAUGGCCUCUAUGUUGAUGAUGUCUUAUCAGGACCGGAUAAUUUGGAAGUUCCUAUUGAAUUACACAACCAACUACGUGGUCUCUUCAUGGUGGAUCUUAGGCCUAUUAAAGAAGGCAUCACAAAGCGCCUUGUCGUCAACCAGUCAGCCCAAUUAUUUGAUCCUCUAGGAUGGUUGACACCGGUUAUCAUCGUCGCAAAGAUCUUUAUGCAGGAACUUUGGAAGCUUAAUUUAUCCUGGGAUGAUCCUUUACCUGAAGGAGCUCGUCAUCGCUGGAUAAAAUAUUAUGAAGAUCUUCCUCGUCUUUCCGCAGUCAGGAUACCUAGUUGGAUAGGAUUUAGUUCGCGAAUGUGCUCGUUCGAACUUCAUGGCUUUGCUGACGCUUCUGAAAAGGCGUACGGUGCUGUCGUUUAUUUAAAAACAAUUUCGUCUAACGGAAAUUGUUUUAUUGGACUCAUUUCUUCUAAGACAAAGGUCGCUCCUGUUCAAACUGUUCCGCUUCCUCGUCUUGAGCUAUGUACCUCAGUUUUGUUAGCUCGUCUCGUCGCUCACCUUCGAACUCAACUGCGUUUUGAUGCUGCUCUACAUUUGUGCUGGAUGACAUACGUCGCGAAUCGGGUUUCGGAAAUUCAAACGAUCGUUCCUUCAGCAUUUUGGCAUCAUGUUCCGGGUGCAGAUAAUCCAGCUGAAUGUGCUUUUCGCGGGUUGUCAGCUUGCGAACUUUCGCAGUUUUCACUCUGGUGGAAUGGUCCUCCGGGGCUUAAAAGACAAGAAGAGUGGCCUUUAUCUCUGCUUGGCCCUCCAGAAAAUACAGUGGCCAAAGAAGAACGCAGAGUUACUGUCAACGUAGCAGUUCGUGUUAAUGAAACUUGCAUCAGAUCUUCGAACAGCUCUUUAUUCUGGAUUCAGCAAGAACAAAAUCGCUAUUUUUCUAAUGAAAUCACCGCUCUAAAAAAUAAAAUGCAGAUUUCUAAGACUAGCACUCUAAUAAAGUUGACUCCAUUUUUUGAUGGUCAACUUCUUCGUGUCGGAGGUCGCUUAAAGCACUCUCUUCUCACUUAUGAUGAGAAGCAUCCACUGAUUCUACCUCCUGAGUCUAUUCUCACAACUUUUAUCAUCCGCGACUGUCACCUUCGCUGUCUUCAUGGGGAUGUCCAACUUACCCUUGGAACGUUACGACAAUCUUAUUGGAUUCUUCGAGGUCGCAAUUUGCAACAGCUGAUGAGUGACCUCUCUUCCAUUCGUGUUACUCCACCUGAACGAGCAUUCAUGAACACUGGGGUAGACUAUGCUGGCCCCAUCAAUGUUCGCACCUCCAAAGGACGAGGUCACCAUUCCCACAAAGCCUGGAUUUGUAUUUUCGUCUGUUGUGCCUCCCGCUCAGUUCAUCUCGAGUUGGUUUCUGAUUACACAGCAGAAGCCUUCAUAGUUGCUUAUAUUCGCUUCACUUCUCGUCGUGGUCUUUGUCGAACGUUUUCUAGUGACGAGGGUACGAAUUUUGUGGGAGCAGAUCGUCAACUACAGGAAAUGUUUUCUGAGGCAUCAGCAGAGUUUGCUUCGGUCGCUACAUACCUUGCUUCGCAUGGUACCGAGUGGAAAUUCAACCCUCAUGCAGCACCUCACUUCGGAGGUUUAUGGGAAGCUGCAGUUAAGUCGACAAAAUUCCAUCCUCGUCGAGUCAUUGUAUACUCUACAUUGACAGCUCAGUCAGAUGAUACAACAGACAUUUCUGCCCUCACACCAGGACACUUUCUCAUUGGAGGUCCACUGAAUGCAGUUCCUGAACCAUCGCUUGCAGACGUUCUUCCAAAUCGAUUAACUCGCUGGCAGUUGAUCCAGCAAAUGCGUGAUCAUUUUUGGAUGCGCUGGUCAGCUGAGUAUUUGAAAGAACUUCAACCUCGAUCCAAGUGGACUACUUCAUCGCCAUUCAUACAGAUUGGAGAUUUAGAUCUCAUUCGACAUGAGAACCUUCCACCUACUCAAUGGCCUAUGGGUCGGGUUCGACAGCUUCAUCCUGGCAAGGAUGGCCUAGUUCGGGUUGUCACUCUCAAGAUAAAGACUAGCUACACUCGAUCGGCCAAUCGGUCAAUUGUGCCUUCUCCCACGUUCAUCUUAAGUGCAGUGAUCAUCUGGGAUCACCGGUUCGAGUACCUGUUAAUACAUAGUCCAUGUGAAAGUCACGCUUUAGAAUUUGUUAAGCGAGAGGAAAGAAUUCUUGAUCGUCUGCUGCGAGUUGGUGCAGAGUGCGAAUUGCAAGACGUGGCACGCAUGCAGUGCCAAACGUUACACGAUUAA